AUGAAAAAUCAGGUAAAUCUACUUAAAUCAAUGGCUUUGAGUCAUCGGCGUCUUCCUUCCUGUGCUAAUAUAUUCUUUACAGUCAGAGAAGCACACAGCCUCUGGUGGCACAAAUGAAAUCGACUGGGAAGCAGAAGAAGCGUGGUUGGAGGAGACAAGGGAAAGAUUGAGAACGGAGGACGAGGAAUAUCUGGAAGAACAGAGACAAGCGGAGGAGAAUCAACGGGCACUGGUGGCCGAAUGGGAGGAAGACGAGCGAGAGGAGAGAGAGGAGGAAGUGGCAUUCAGAGAGGCAACGAUGGAGGUGGAGAGAGAAGUCAUAGAAUUGGGGGAGGAGUUGAGGGAGGCGGCGAGAGAGAUGAGGGAGCUGCGCGCGCUGAUUGACGAGCCAGAAAGGGACUUGGUGGAGAUGGAGGAGGUCCUACGUUGGAGAAAUCCUGUUUUUGGGGCUCUACGUAUAUUAAAGGACUUGUUAAGGUCAUUUUGGCGCUUAUUUUGAUGAAGAAACGACACGAUGCCAGGAAAGUUUAUUCUGCUGAAGAUUUCAUGGUGAAGCGAAUGACUCCGUCAGGCUGCGGCUAAUUAGCGUGACUCGACAAAUUCAUAUUGCGAGUAGGUCCUGUAAUUUCACACCGUUCCUGAGCUUCGACAUUUCCCUAAAAUCUACAAGCAUUUUGUGAUACGGUAUGAAGAUUGGUACGCAUGUGCAAAUUCCAGACUACGUUCCCACUGUAUUGCUGUUCUGACUCAAUGCGCAGGCCCCCGAGAACUGCCCCUCCCCCUACAUCCACCAACGGAGAUACCAUGUCAUCUCAUAAUCCGAGCGCAAUCAUUGCUCCAGAUCCCCCCUGUAUUUGA